AUGUACGACUGGACAAAUAAGAAUGUGGUUUAUGCCGGCAGCUUCAGCGGCGUUGGCUUCCAGAUGAUGCAUCUGUUGAUGCAGAAAAAACUAAAAAUGAUGAUCAUUGCAAGCCGCAUGGAAAACGUAGAGAUGAUGAAGAAGCUACAGGCGGAGAACCCCAGUGUCAAGCUUAUGUUCAUGCAAAUGAAUCUCAUGGAGAAAUCGUCCAUAGAGCAGGCGAUGAAGAAGAUUGGUCAGACGAUGGGACAUAUUGAUGUUCUCAUUAAUGGCAUGGAUGUGCUGGCCGACAAGGAUGUGGAACAGACAAUUGGUAUUAAUUUGAUGGGCUUGAUCCAGAUGACUAUGAUGGCCAUGCCGUAUAUGGAUAAGACACAGAUGGGACAGGGUGGCAUGGUUGUGAACAUGGCUUCAGUCUAUGGCUUGGAGCCGGCACCAGCUUUUGCUGUCUAUGCAGCUGCCAAGCAUGGAGUUCUAGGUUUCACUCGGUCCAUGGCAGACAAGGCUAUUUACCAAAAGACCGGCGUAAUGUUUAUGGCCAUGUGUCCCGGUCUCACCAACACUGAAAUGAUGAUGAACCUGCGCGAGAAUGUCACCUGGCACCAUUCCGAGGAGCUGGUGGAGGCCAUCGAGAGUGCGAAGCGUCAAAUGCCUGAAGAGGCUGCGAUGCAAAUGCUGAAAGCAAUGGAGAUGAUGAAGAAUGGCAGCAUGUGGAUUGUUAAUAUGGGUCAGCUGAAGGAGGCGAUGCCGCAGAUGCAUUGGCAGAUGUAA